UUCGGAAAGGCGAAAUUUUACAAGGUUAGUCCAAUAUCGGGAGACAUCGGACUGUGCUCCGUAACACACGUAACCGACUAACAUGAACACUAAAGACACGUGUUGUUAGAAAAGAUAGAAUACGGGAAUACUGCAUUGUUUAUAUCGUGCACUGACAUCAAAAUAGAAUAUCUGAUAAUACGUUCGUUUAAUGAUGUAUUUUUCAAGAAAUACAAACCGAAGGUAGAACUAUCGAUAUACUAAGAACUGUGACGUUAAAGACACUGUUAACAGUAGCGGGUGAAGUGACUGACCUCUUCCACGUUGACGAUUAAUUUAUAACGGGAAGCAGGAAUCUUAGAAUCAAAGUGACGGAGGGACCAGCGUUGGAUUCUACAACGAUUCAAGGUUUACACGUGUACAUCGAAUAUCAAAGUGGGCGCCCUGGGGGUAUGACGAUGGGUGUGGAACAUAUGCGGCCGUCGGAAUUACGGUUCACACAUAACAGUGUGAGUUACAAGUUCACCGAUGGACACACACUUGAUGAAACAUUUAGGCAGUUAUUGAACGAUGAGCUUCGCAUUGCCCGAGGCGAGAUGCCGCCACUGGUCGCCAUGCAUUAUAAUGGUCAUUGGUUUGUAGUACGAGGGAACCGCAGACUUUAUCUCCUUCGAAAACUAGAGGAGGUCGGGAAAUUUCAAACGGUUAAAGUUGUUAAACGUGAAUUCGAAGAAACUCUGUUUAAUAAACAAUUCACGUCGCAGAAUAUGGGUACUUCGAUUCGAAUCCGAGGUGACCCGUUUAUCGAGGAAAAACUACGGCAGUGUAUUAACGACUGGCAGAAUUCCAGGACCCGUCCUCACAGUACUAGUAGUGCCUCCACACGGAUGUAUGGAUUAGGCGGCAGUCCCAACUUCUCAACAUCGAAUUAUAGCUAUAGCCCCCCUCCAAGGGCCUCUCCCGUCAGGUCUUACACACCGCCCCCUAGAAUCCAACCGGCAAAGCAAGAUGAUUCCUGGUGCGUUAUACUUUGAGGAAUGAUGCCUUUGUUGUGCUCCACUUGUGAUACACAUCGUCUGUGAACAUUGUUUAUUUAAAGAUAAGUCUGAUCCAAUACCAGAAUCGAAAUCCCCGUGGUGAAAGGCAUUGUUGGGAUUGUCAGCUUUUUGCCUGGUCCACAUAGGCAUGCUCUUUUCGUUAUAUUUUAGCAAUUCUGUAACUCGUUUACACAUAUUGUAACGUUAUUUUCUCAAAUUAUUCACAUACAUUUGAUUGUGAUACAGCUUUUCCUAAAAGCAUUGUUAUGAUAUGAAAAUUCUACGCCAAAGGACCAUAUGGAGUAUGGGUAAAUAUAGAGGGGUUUCAUAAUCCGUUAACACUACACAUUUUAUUUAUUGGUAUUUAAUAUUGUGCAGUUUACCACAUAUUCUUUUUACAUGAUAUAGCAUUUAUAUGAAUAAUGUUCGUUAGAGCAGUGAAUGGAAGUGUUGGUGUUUAUGUUGCUGGUAUACAUGUGUAGAAUGGUUAAUGUACGAUGUAUGGUGGUAUUUUUAAAACUGUUGGAUAAUCAUACAGCACAUGUUUAUAAUAUACAUUGUGUGUGUUUUAUCAAUGAGAAGUUGCGGAUUCGAAUAAAUUGAAUAAUUGCAUGUAUGCACAAUUAUAA